UGUUUGCGAUAUCAACUGAGCCGAGUCAUCGUGUGAUGAAGCGGAUGUUUUGCAUGUGGCGUUUGCGGGGAAGCCGUAUUUGGUACCGCACUACAGGCGUUGAGCCGAGGCAACUUCCUUCACCAAAUCCUAUGGGCAACACCAAACCCAUACCUGAAGCCCGACACCAGAAACAUUUUUGGUGAACAUGUUGCAACAGUCCUUACGCGCUUCUUCGUCAACAGCAGGCUUCUUCCAAACCCUACCUGCCUUACCGCCGCAAUACACAUCACCGGACUCAUUGUCUGCAAGGGGAGAGCCAGAAUCUCCGCCACAAAACGCCACGGAAGCAUCAGACGACAAAGUCCUCUGUCGCAUCCUUGAUCUAUACCUGCCAAAAGAUGCCAAAGCAGUAACGCAGCAUGCCCACCGCAUUGCUCGAUUAUCCCUCGAUCCCGACGUUCUCGCCAACGCCACAGAUGCAGAAACAAAUCAUCCCGUGCUACGUCCCCUAACAACAUUCGGGGAAGAAAACAGAAAUGACCCGCUUUGGACUACUGCAGGCUGGCGGAAGCUGAAAGACAUUGGCUACGAAGAGGGCAUCGUCGCCGUGGCGUACGACAAGUCGAACACCGCUUUCAACCGCCGAAUUCACCAAUUUGCCAAUGUGUAUCUCUGGGGUCCAACUGGGACUAUGACUGGUUGUCCACAGAGUAUGACGGAUGGCGCUGCUGUAUUGAUGAGCAGGCACUUGCGAGAUCCGGAUGGGGACCAGCCGGGCCGCAGCCAGGUCUUUGAGGAGGUGUAUCGUAGGCUGACAAGUCGGAAUCACAAAGAAGCAUGGACUAGUGGUCAAUGGAUGACGGAACGAACAGGGGGCAGUGAUGUUUCUGGCACGGAGACAGUAGCAAACCGAUUGACGCCAGAAGAGAUCGAGCGAGAAAUCUCAGAAGGCAGACAAUCAGACGCUGUUGGUAUGCCACUAGGAAACUGGAAGAUUGACGGCUUCAAAUGGUUUAGCAGCGCGACAGAUUCAGAGAUGAGUGUGCUGCUUGCCCGCACGGCCAAAGGUGGUCUGUCAGCGUUCUAUAUCCCAAUGCGUCGACGCGUGAAGAGAAAAAGCCUGCUUCACGAUGCCGCGCUCCCAACCGAGCUCAAUGGCAUUCGUAUCCAGCGCCUGAAGAACAAGCUUGGCACCAAGUCUCUGCCGACCGCAGAACUCGAGCUCAAGGGUGCCCGCGGCUGGCUCGUAGGCACUGAAGGGCAAGGCGUGAAAGAGAUAUCAGCUAUACUGAACAUCACCCGUUUACACACAGCGGUGACCAGCGCAGCAAGCUGGGCACGCGGCCUCGCCAUCUGCCGUGCUUACAGCAAGGUCCGCAAGGUUCGUGGCGGUCUGCUCGCGGACAACCCUGCGCAUCUACGAUGGAUGGCAGACGAGACGGUCAAGUACUGGGCCGGUACGCAUUUUGCCUUUCUAGGUGUCGCGUUGCAAGGCGCGCUGGACCAGGGCUGGGAAAAUGCAGUGCAGAACACGAGGGCCUCCAAGCUGAUACCACAAGAUAAGGCACAGACUGCAGACCUCCUCCGUCUGGUUUUACCAGCUAUGAAGGCGCAGAUCAGUGUAGCGUCUGUGCAUGGUCUGAGGAACUGCAUGGAAUGCCUAGGUGGCGUUGGAUAUUGCGAGAACAAUGAAGAUGGCGGAUUGAUGAACAUCGCAAAGAUUUAUCGCGAUCAGUUGGUCAAUCCGAUAUGGGAGGGUACUGUCAGUGUCAUGGCAGAAGAUUGCGUACGUGUCAUACUCGAUAAAAGACUCGGAAAUGGCGACGUAAUGGCGAAUGUUUUUGCGCCUUGGAUCCGAGGCGUGAUCGGAGCGAUGGGUGCAGAAUCGAAUGUCGAAGUCGAUGCCAUUGAGCAGAGACUCAAGGACUUGCUUGGCCUAGUGCAGGGUGCCUCAAAGGAGGAACUUCUCUAUCAUGGGCGAGACAUUCUUGAUUCUGUUGAGUUCAUCACAAGCAGUCUGGUUCUGCUGUACGAUGCAAGGACAAGUCCCGACACGGCCGUGCUUGAAGUCGUCAGACGUUAUAUCCGCUCGAACUCAAAUAAGGCGACUACUUGUUCCUCACGGGACGCAUUGGCCAAAACGAUGAUUGAGGAUAAAGCUAUAUUCCUAGGUUCGAUGAGCGCGCACCAGGGGGUUUCUGCAAAGUUGUAGAUAGCUUACUUACUCGACUGAGGAGAGGACUGUCAAUGGUUAUCAUGCCUACUCCACCUGGUUUUGUUUCUUCACUCUUUUGACGGGCGCCGGCUUCCUCGAGGCUUCGACCGCAUACGUCCACCUUCUUGCAUUUUCGCCAUCAACAAAACGUCUCACAUGCUCUGGUACCUCCUUUACCCUAUUGUACGGCCCGCCUACGGGCUCACCCAGCUUCUCGUAAACCGGGAUAACGC